AUGAAACAUACAAAGGGAAAGCAAAAGAUCGAGAUGAAAAAAGUUGAAUCCUACAAAGCCAGAAGGACUACUUUUUACAAACGUAAAGCUGGGAUUUUAAAGAAGAUGAACGAGAUCAUUGCAGAAUGCGGUGUGGAAGCAUCUUUCUUGGUGUUCCCUGAAUCCGGAUAUCCUCGUACAUUCGCACACCCGUCUAUGGAAGAUGCUGUUGAUCGAGUAAAGUGCUCUUUGGGACAUGAACCAUCUGGGAAAGACGAUGCCAGUAUUGGAUCACUAGUGGAAGCUCAUAAGAAGCUAAAGAAUGAGGAGCUCGCGAAAAAAUUGUGUGAUCUCCAUGAGGAGCUAAAAAUGGCGGAGGAGAAGGAAAAGAAGAUGGUGGAGAAAAAGAAAAUUAAGGAAUUGAAAAAUGAGUGGCCGAAUACUCUAAAUGAAGGCGUGAACAAGGAUGAGUUGAAGCGGGUGCACCAAGCCUUUGUGGAGUUAAGUUAUAGCUUAUCAGGUAAGGCUUUACAGAGGUUGGGAAAAGAUGGUGAUGGUUCGUCUUCUGCUCUUGCAGAACGUGGAUAUUGUGAUGGUGGCGAAGCAGGAGCGGGUGAACAAACUUGA